GACGGUUGCGCGCUGUAGACCACUACAUCUAGGGCCACCGCCGUUACCACAGAGCGACACGCACACGGUGUCCUGGAAAAGGGGGUGAAAAAAAAUCUCCUGCGAGGAUACAAACUAUUUUUGAUACAGGGAGGGAAUUCACAGCCAGGACAAGCCGGAGUUUUUGGAGGUUUGAAGCCGCGAAAACUAUCUUGAAAUGUAGCCCGAGGCGUGUGAGUGAAGGUUGUUGUAUUCGCUCGGUGGCUGCGUGGCUCUUCCAGUGAUGCCACGAAAAUCAGAGCAGCCGAGUGACUGAGAGAGACCGCUGCUCCUCGCUAAAUCCCAGACACGGCGGCAGCGGCGGCGGUGAGCGAUGGAUGCUGGUGGAAAGGUCCACAGUAGGUAGCGUUUACGAAGAUCAAGGGAGAGCCGAGAGUCGCUGUCGCACGGUUUAAGUCCCCACCGGAGCAGAGGAAAGGAUGGAUUUCACCCUGCUCCGGAAUAUCAUCAGCAGAUUCUGUGUGGGGGAGGAGAAUUGGGUGGACAAUCGGACAGUGUAUAUCGGCCAUAAAGAACCGCCUCCGGGAGCUGAGGCCUACAUCCCUCAGCGUUAUCCCGACAACCGAAUCGUCUCCUCCAAGUACACCUUUUGGAGCUUCAUCCCCAAGAACCUGUUUGAGCAGUUCAGAAGAAUAGCAAACUUCUACUUCUUGGUCAUAUUUUUGGUCCAGCUUAUCAUCGACACCCCCACCAGCCCAGUCACCAGCGGCCUGCCCCUCUUCUUUGUUAUCACCGUCACCGCCAUAAAACAGGGCUACGAGGACUGGCUCCGACACAAGGCUGACUGCUCCAUAAACGAGUGUCCGGUGGACGUGGUGCAGCAGGGGAAGGUGGUGAGGACGCAGAGUCACAAGCUCCGGGUGGGGGACAUCGUCAUGGUGAGAGAGGAUGAAACCUUCCCCUGUGAUCUCAUCCUUCUCUCCUCCAGCCGCUACGAUGGAACCUGCUAUGUCACCACCACCAGCCUGGAUGGGGAGUCUAGCCACAAGACCUAUUAUGCUGUACCAGAUACCAUGGCCUUUAGAACAGAGCAGGAGGUGGAUUCACUACAUGCCACUAUUGAAUGUGAACAACCACAACCUGACCUCUACAAAUUUGUGGGGCGCAUUAACAUUUACAAGGACAAAGAAGAGCCUAUGGUUCGAACACUUGGAGCUGAAAACCUGCUCCUCAGAGGAGCCACACUGAAGAAUACGCAACAUAUUUAUGCUGUUGCAGUUUAUACUGGCAUGGACACCAAGAUGGCCCUAAAUUACCAGUCGAAAUCUCAGAAGCGCUCUGCUGUUGAAAAGUCGAUGAACGCCUUUCUGAUUGUGUAUUUGUGCAUCUUGAUCAGUAAAGCUGUGAUCAACACUGUCCUGAAAUACGCUUGGCAGUGGUCUCCCGACCGAGACGAGCCCUGGUACAACCACAGGACGGAGAACGAGCGCCAGCGCCAUGUGGUCAUCCGAGCCUUCACAGACUUCCUGGCUUUCAUGGUCCUGUUUAAUUACAUCAUCCCCGUGUCGAUGUAUGUAACCGUGGAGAUGCAGAAAUUUCUUGGCUCCUAUUUCAUCACCUGGGACGAGGACAUGUUUGAUGAAGAGCUGGGGGAGGGUGCUCAGGUGAACACCUCCGACCUGAACGAAGAGCUGGGACAGGUGGAGUAUGUGUUUACUGAUAAGACCGGCACGCUGACUGAGAACAACAUGGAGUUUAUCGAAUGCUGCGUCGAUGGGAAUGUCUACAUCCCACAUGCAAUCUGCAACGGUCAAAUCCUCAGCGCUGCCUCCAGCAUAGACAUGAUCGAUUCCUCACCUGGAGGGUACAGGAGAGAGUAUGAGGACCUAUUUUUCCGGGCACUAUGUCUGUGUCACACGGUGCAGGUGAAGGAGGAGGAGACGGUGGAUGGCAUCAAGAGGGGCAUUCAUCAGGGUAGACCCACCUCCUUCUACAUCUCCUCCUCACCGGAUGAGGUAGCUUUGGUCGAAGGAAUGAAAAGGUUGGGCUACACCUACCUGAGACUGAAAGACAACUACAUGGAGAUCCUCAACAAAGAUGAUGAGAUUGAAAGGUUUGAGCUGCUCCACGUGCUGAACUUCGACUCUGUCAGGAGGAGAAUGAGCGUCAUUGUCAAGUCAGGCUCGGGAGAAUACCUGCUGUUCUGCAAAGGCGCUGACUCAUCCAUUUUUCCACGGGUGGUAUCUGGAAAGGUGGAGCAAGUGAAAGCCCGAGUGGAGCAGAAUGCUGUUGAGGGGCUGCGGACCCUGUGUGUCGCCUACCGAAGGCUGUCGGCGUCAGAGUAUCAGGAGGCCUGCCAUCACCUCACCGAAGCCAAACUGGCCCUGCAGGACAGGGAGCAGAGGCUGGCGCAGGCGUAUGACAUCAUUGAGAGAGACUUUGUCCUUCUGGGCGCCACGGCAGUGGAGGACAGGCUCCAGGAGAAAGCUGCCGACACCAUUGAGUCACUGCACAAAGCCGGGAUAAAAGUGUGGGUCCUCACGGGCGACAAGAUGGAAACGGCGGCCGCUACGUGCUACGCCAGCAAGCUGUUCCGCCGCAGCACCCAGAUCCUGGAGCUGACCAAGAAACGCACCGAGGAGCAGAGCCUGCAUGACGUCCUCUUUGAAUUAAACAGAACGGUCCUCAGACAACGCUCCAUUUCGGGAUUGUCUGUAGACUGCCUCGACUUUGGUCUGAUUAUCGACGGAGUGACUCUUUCUGCAUUAUUGAAGCCCAACCAGGUGGGAGUCAGCCAUGGCAACUACAGAGAGAUUUUUCUAGAGAUCUGUCGCAACUGUAGCGCUGUGCUCUGCUGUCGGAUGGCUCCACUUCAGAAGGCACAGAUUGUGAAGCUAAUUAAAGCCUCCAAGGAGCACCCCAUUACCCUUGCCGUUGGCGAUGGAGCCAAUGAUGUCAGCAUGAUCUUGGAAGCACAUGUGGGCAUUGGCAUCAUGGGUAAAGAAGGCAGACAGGCAGCAAGAAACAGUGACUAUGCCAUCCCGAAGUUUAAACAUCUGAAGAAGAUGCUCCUCGUUCACGGCCACUACUACUACAUCCGCAUUGCCGAGCUUGUUCAGUACUUCUUCUACAAGAAUGUAUGCUUCAUCUUUCCUCAGUUCCUGUAUCAAUUCUUCUGUGGAUUCUCCCAGCAGCCUCUAUAUGACACAGCGUAUCUAACGCUGUACAACAUCAGCUUCACCUCGCUCCCCAUCCUCCUGUACAGCCUGGUCGAGCAGCAUGUCACCAUGGAGACACUAAAAAGGGAUCCCUCCUUGUACAGGGACAUUGCAAAGAACUCCCUCCUCCGCUGGCCUGUGUUCCUCUACUGGACGUGCCUGGGUGUGUUUGACGCUGUCAUCUUCUUCUUUGGUGCAUACUUCCUCUUUGACAACACCACCUUUACCAGCAAUGGCCAGCUUAUGACCACCAACACACAGAUGAUGUUCGGAAAUUGGACAUUUGGGACGCUUGUCUUUACAGUGCUGGUGUUUACCGUGACGCUCAAGCUUGCCUUGGAUACACAUCACUGGACUUGGAUCAAUCACUUUGUCAUCUGGGGAUCGCUGCUUUUCUAUGUUAUUUUCUCGCUUCUCUGGGGUGGCAUCAUUUGGCCCUUCUUGAACUACCAGAGGAUGUACUACGUGUUUAUGCAGAUGCUGUCCAGUGGACCAGCCUGGCUCAGCAUCAUCCUCCUCAUAACAGUCAGUUUGCUGCCAGAUGUCAUCAAGAAGGUCCUCUGCAGGGCUGUUUGUCCCACACCCACCGAACGUGCACAGCAAUGUGAGAAGCUGUUGCCGGGCAGCGUUGAUGAGUUGACUCCACUGUCCUUCCGUCAGUCCUUUAAAGGCACGAGCACAGACUCUUCUCUCCUCCAUCUCGGCGCCGUGGAAACGCUGUCCCUCCGCGCGUCCGGGCCUCUUCCCCAGAAACUCCUGGCCCACUUGGCAGAGGGGGGAGGGGCAGACCUGUGCUCCCUCAGCCCCUACAUGCUUCGUCUCUCAGGGGCAGGAUUUGCCUACUAUGCUCCGGGACCAGAGACCUCUGUUUGA